CUCGGCCCGUCCCCGCUCCCGCCGGCCACCCAGCCCGCCCCGGCGGCCCUGCGGGACGAUGAACGUGCUGGCUCCGAUCCGCAGGGACAGGGUCAUCGCCGACCUCCCCCCGUGUUUUCGGAAGGAGGCCGCCCUGCACGCCCGCCCUGCCUUCCACCCCACGGUGGCCAGCGCCUGCCAGGAGCAGCGGACGGGCACCGUGGGGUUCAAGAUCUCCAAGAUCAUCGUGGUGGGGGACCUCUCGGUGGGGAAGACCUGCCUGAUCAACCGCUUUUGCAAGGACACGUUCGACAAGAACUACAAGGCGACCAUCGGGGUGGAUUUUGAGAUGGAGCGGUUUGAGGUGCUGGGGGUGCCCUUCAGCCUGCAGCUGUGGGACACGGCCGGCCAGGAGCGCUUCAAGUGCAUCGCCUCCACCUACUACCGGGGAGCGCAAGCCAUCGUCAUCGUCUUCGAUGUCAACGACGUGGCAUCCCUGGAGCACACGCGACAGUGGCUGGCUGACGCCCUGAAGGAGAAUGACCCAUCCAACGUGAUCCUCUUCUUGGUGGGCUCCAAGAAGGACCUGAGCACGCCGGCGCAGUACAGCCUGAUGGAGAAAGAUGCUCUCAAGGUGGCUCAGGAGAUGCAGGCGGAGUACUGGGCUGUCUCCUCACUCACCGGGGAGAACGUGCGGGAUUUCUUCUUCCGUGUGGCGGCGCUGACCUUCGAGAGCAGCGUGCUGGCCGAGCUGGAGCGCAGCAGUGCCCGCAAGAUCGGUGACACCGUGCGGAUCAGCAGCAACGAGAGCGACCUGUACCUGUCGGCGCCCCGCAAGAAAUCCAAGUGCUGCCAGUGAGGGGGCAGCCCCCGGCCCCCACCGCGCUCACACCUCUGGACCAAAGAGGGGCAGCCCCGGCCGGCCCCAAGGAGCCGUCCCUGCCGCCCCCCGGCCCCCCCGGCCCCCCGCCUGCCCGGGCACCCGCAGCCGGGGCGGGCAGGAGCACCCGUGCAGCUCCCUUAGCUAUGCAAACCCAGGUACCGCUCGCAGGGGGAGAUGCCCCCGGGCUCCCAUUUGUCUUAAUAAAACCUUUU